AUGUUUGAGGGGAACCGGCUACCAGUAAGUUGCCAUCUGCUUGGAGACAGUGGCUACCCUUGUCGGAGAUGGAUCCUAACACCAUUUUUGCGUCCUCUCCAAGGACCACAGACAAACUACAACAGAUCACAUAAGAAAACAAGGAGUUGUGUGGAGAGGGGAAUUGGGCAGCUGAAACGUCGGUUUCAUGUUUUACAUGGGGAAAUCAGACUUUCCCCACAGAAGGCGUGCAAGGUAAUAACUGCCUGUGCAGUGCUGCAUAACAUCAGCAAAGACAGGAAUGUGCCUAUGCCAGUUGUACAUGGAAACAGCCAAUCCGGACAGCUAAGGGCACAGAUGCAAGGUCUAUCAGCCAUUGCACCUGCAGCAACAGGGUUGAGAUAUCGGGAACAGUUUGCAAUCACCUACUUUCCAUAAGUCUGAUUCUGGCACUGGCAAGUCCUCUCUGGCACGUGGAACACAUUGGCCAUGUCCUCAACUUCACCGCUGAAGGAAUAUAUAUACAUUAUUUGUGUAUUCGGAGCCUUGUGUUUUGUUUUUAUAC